AUGGAUUUUGAAAGAAUCAAACAGCUAUCAGGAGACGUUAAGCGGGAAAAUGGCGCGUCUCUCGCUACCCGUGCUGUUCAUGCGGACGCCGAUAUCGAUGGCCACUCUGCGAUAGCACCCGCGCUGCAUACUAGCACAACGUACCGCUUUGCAGAUGAUCCAGAUGAUCUUGUUGCUUUUCAAAGAUCUGCAGGUAAAGCAGAAAUGCUGGAAGAGGCCCUCGGCUCCCAUGCCUACGCUCGCUAUACGAGCCCCAACAUGGUCCGCUUCGAGGCUAUCCUGACUUCUAUCCUCGGCGGGCCGGCCCUCACAUACGCUUCCGGAUUGGCAGCUUUCCACGCUGUUCUUGUACUGCUGAAUCCGCGGCGCAUUGCCAUCGGUGAGGGAUAUCACGGCUGCCAUGGAGUCAUCAGCAUGGUCUCUCGUAUGACUGGCCUCGAGAAGCUGCCUCUGGAUUGCGAUACCGCAGAGCUACAACCAGGCGAUAUUAUUCAUGUCGAGAUACCCUUGAAUCCAACUGGAGAAGCCAUCAACUUGCAGUACUACGCAGAUAAGGCCCAUGAGGCGGGAGCGUUUCUGAUCGUUGAUGCGACUUUUGGCCCGCCGCCGCUGCAGAAUCCGUUCCACUUUGGGGCUGAUAUCGUCCUUCAUAGUGGGACCAAGUAUUUUGGAGGUCAUUCGGAUAUGCUAUGUGGCAUAUUGGCCGUCAACCCCAAGCACGAUUUUCUGAUGAAGCUACAUAGUGACCGUGUCUAUCUAGGCUCAGUUGCAGGUAACAUGGAAAGCUGGCUCGGUAUGCGUUCUCUACGCACUCUUGAACUGCGUGUAACACGGCAAAGCGCCACUGCGACAGCGCUGGUCUCUUGGUUCCACAACCAGCUUCAGGAUCCAUCCACAGCGGUUCAUGAAUUAGUCCAAGAGGUUCAUCAUGCCAGCUUGCAAGCCGAAGCAACGGAAGCAGGCAGCUGGCUACAGAAACAGAUGCCCAACGGCUACGGCGCUGUUUUCUCCAUUACUCUAAAGGAUGCGACCUUGGCAAAACGGCUGCCAGGCAAGUUGAGUCUUUUUCAACACGCAACCAGCCUUGGAGGUGUAGAGAGUCUCAUAGAAUGGAGAGCUAUGACGAAUACGAGUAUUGACCAGCGGCUGGUUAGACUCAGUAUUGGAGUGGAAGCGCUGGAGGACUUGACGAGAGACUUGCAGCGGGGAUUAGAAGCCUUGAGAAAAGAGGCGACAAAUGCCCUAUUUACUGCAAAUAUCACGAAACAUUCCAAAGCCGGCAAGUUCCAGGUUUGUCAUCUUUGUCAUCUCAGUUACCAAAUUGGAGAUGCUCGUCGCUUCUAUCGCAGCGCUGUUUGGAAGGGCGGCAACUUCCGCAAGGGCAAAAUCCUCCGGGCGCUUGCUGACCUAGUGGCUACAACAGGUAUCAGCUUUGUCUCAACCUGA